GUGGACACAUCAAUACAUAGAGGUUUUCAUUGCAGGCGAACACAAGAUCACCCACAAACAACAUGCUGGAGCGGGUGCACCAGAAGCAAAUCCACAAGCACGUGCUGGGGACGUGGCUCGAAGAGAGCUAUGCGAGCGGCAAGCCCAGGAGCAUCAAUGACGCCAUCCGUUACUGUUCUCUGCACAUCGAUGGGUUUACAGACAAGAAGAUCCGCAGUCAGCGGGCGUGGGUGUCGCGCGCGAUUCGGUCGCUGGACUUGGAUGAGUACAUUUCGCGCAGCAAACCUGCAACUUCGGGUGCCGCAAAGAAACCCAAGAUGGUUCUGUUGUCUCCGUCGCCAACCUCGUUAGAAGACAUCGAGCGCGAGGUCUCGGAAAUCUUGGCCCAGAUGCACGACGAGGCAAUGCUUAGUUCGUCCACCGAUAGCUGGUGUCAGCCCUCGCUGCUACCGACAUCACCUCAGUACGUUGAUUCGACAGGGACUGCCACGUGGCCUCGACCGCCGCUGCCACCGCUCUAUUCCCCUCCCCGCACAGCCUCGUCCGCAUUGUCCACCAACUCAGAAAGGCACCACUUCAACCCGUAUUAUGCAAGAAACAUCAGAGAAGGUGACGAUCCCACUUCACGAUGGUAGAUGAUCACCCCAACGAUGAUGGACAAGAAGUCGCCGUGGAUGGCUGCAUGCAUACUGUGAUGAGAUUUUUAAUACACAAAACAACUGUGAUCAACGUUAUCUGAA